AUGCGCAGAAACGGCUGCGCAGAAACGGCUGCGCAGAAACGGCUGCGCAGAAACGGCUGCGCAGAAACGGCUGCGCAGAAACGGCUGCGCAGAAACGGCUGCGCAGAAACGGCUGCGCAGAAGCGGCUGCGCAGAAACGGCUGCGCAGAAACGGCUGCGCAGAAGCGGCUGCGCAGAAGCGGCUGCGCAGAAGCGGCUGCGCAGAAGCGGCUGCGCAGAAGCGGCUGCGCAGAAGCGGCUGCGCAGAAGCGGCUGCGCAGAAGCGGCUGCGCAGAAGCAACUGCGCAGAAACGGCUGCGCAGAAACGGCUGCGCAGUAACGGCUGCGCAGAAACGGCUGCGCAGAAACGGCUGCGCAGAAACGGCUGCGCAGAUACGGCUGCGCAGAAACGGCUGCGCAGAAGCGGCUGCGCAGAAGCGGCUGCGCGGAAGCGGCUGCGCGGAAGCGGCUGCGCGGAAGCGGCUGCGCAGAAGCGGCUGCGCAGAAACGGCCGCGCAGAAACGGCUGCGCAGAAACGGCUGCGCAGGAACAGCUGCGCAGAAACAGCUGCGCAGAAACAGCUGCGCAGAAACAGCUGCGCAGAAACAGCUGCGCAGAAACAGCUGCGCGGAAACAGCUGCGCGGAAACAGCUGCGCGGAAACAGCUGCGCGGAAACAGCUGCGCGGAAACAGCUGCGCGGAAACAGCUGCGCGGAAACAGCUGUGCAGAAACAGCUGCGCAUAAGCAGAUGCGCAGAAACAGCUGCGCAGAAACAGCUGCGCAGAAACAGCUGCGCAGAAACAGCUGCGCAGAAACAGCUGCGCAGAAACAGCUGCGCAGAAACAGCUGCGCAGAAACAGCGGCGCAGAAACAGCGGCGCAGAAACAGCGGCGCAGAAACACUCUAUAGCCUCCGGUUACAGGAGCGUACCUCCAUGUUCAAUGUUUUUUGGGCAGUUGAACAUCUGCGCGGAGACGGCUGCGCAGAAGCGGCUGCGCAGAAGCGGCUGCGCAGAAGCGGCUGCGCGGAAGCGGCUGCGCGGAAGCGGCUGCGCGGAAGCGGCUGCGCGGAAACGGCUGCGCGGAAACGGCUGCGCGGAAACGGCUGCGAGGGAACGGCUGCGCGGGAACAGGUGCGCGGGAACAGGUGCGCGGGAACAGGUGCGCGGGAACAGGUGCGCGGGAACAGCUGCGCAGGAACAGCUGCGCAGGAACAGCUGCACAGGAACAGGUGCGCAGGAACAGCUGCGCAGGAACAGCUGCGCAGGAACAGGUGCGCAGGAACAGGUGCGCAGAAACAGCUGCGCAGAAACAGCUGCGCAGAAACAGCGGCGCAGAAACAGCGGCGCAGAAACAGCGGCGCAGAAACACUCUAUAGCCUCCGGUUACAGGAGCGUACCUCCAUGUUCAAUGUUUUUUGGGCAGUUGAACAUAAAAUUAGAAACAGCUGCGCAGAAGCGGCUGCGCGGAAGCGGCUGCGCGGAAGCGGCUGCGCGGAAGCGGCUGCGCGGAAGCGGCUGCGCGGAAGCGGCUGCGCGGAAGCGGCUGCGCGGAAGCGGCUGCGCGGAAGCGGCUGCGCGGAAGCGGCUGCGCGGAAACGGCUGCGCGGAAACGGCUGCGCAGAAACGGCUGCGCAGAAACGGCUGCGCAGAAACGGCUGCGCAGAAACGUAUGCGCAGAAACGGCUGCGCAGAAACGGCUGCGCAGAAACGGCUGCGCAGAAACGGCUGCGCAGAAACGGCUGCGCAGAAACGGCUGCGCAGAAACGGCUGCGCAGAAACGGCAGCGCAGAAACGGCUGCGCAGAAACGGCUGCGCAGAAACGGCUGCGCAGAAACAGCUGCGCAGAAACAGCUGCGCAGAAACAGCUGCGCAGAAACAGCUGCGCAGAAGCAGCUGCGCAGAAGCAGCUGCGCAGAAGCAGCUGCGCAGAAACAGCUGCGCAGAAACAGCUGCGCAGAAACAGUGCGCAGAAACAGCUGCGCAGAAACAGCUGCGCAGAUACAGCUGCGCAGAUACAGCUGCGCAGAUACAGCUGCGCAGAUACAGCUGCGCAGAAACAGCUGCGCAGAUACAGCUGCGCAGAAACAGCUGCGCAGAAACAGCUGCGCAGAAACAGCUGCGCAGAAACAGCUGCGCAGAAACAGCUGCGCAGGAACAGCUGCGCAGAAACAGCUGCGCAGAAACAGCUGCGCAGGAACAGCUGCGCAGGAACAGCUGCGCAGAAACAGCUGCGCAGAAACAGCUGCGCAGAAACAGCUGCGCAGAAACAGCUGCGCAGGAACAGCUGCGCAGGAACAGCUGCGCAGGAACAGCUGCGCAGGAACAGCUGCGCAGAAACAGCUGCGCAGGAACAGCUGCGCAGGAACAGCUGCGCAGCAACAGCUGCGCAGAAACAGCUGCGCAGAAACAGCUGCGCAGAAACAGCUGCGCAGAAACAGCUGCGCAGAAACAGCGGCGCAGAAACAGCGGCGCAGAAACAGCGGCGCAGAAACACUCUAUAGCCUCCGGUUACAGGAGCGUACCUCCAUGUUCAAUGUUUUUUGGGCAGUUGAACAUAAACGGCUGCGCAGGAACAGCUGCGCAUAAGCGGCUGCGCAGAAGCGGCUGCGCAGAAGCGGCUGCGCAGAAGCGGCUGCGCAGAAGCGGCUGCGCAGAAGCGGCUGCGCAGAAGCGGCUGCGCAGAAGCGGCUGCGCAGAAGCGGCUGCGCAGAAGCGGCUGCGCAGAAACGGCUGCGCAGAAACGGAUGCGCAGAUACGGCUGCGCAGAAACGGCUGCGCAGAAACGGCUGCGCAGGAACGGCUGCGCAGGAACGGCUGCGCAGGAACGGCUGCGCAGGAACGGCUGCGCAGGAACGGCUGCGCAGGAACGGCUGCGCAGGAACGGCUGCGCAGGAACGGCUUCGCAGGAACGGCUGCGCAGAAGCGGCUGCGCAGAAGCGGCUGCGCAGAAGCGGCUGCGCAGAAGCGGCUGCGCAGAAGCGGCUGCGCAGAAGCGGCUGCGCAGAAGCGGCUGCGCAGAAGCGGCUGCGCAGAAGCGGCUGCGCAGAAGCGGCUGCGCAGAAGCGGCUGCGCAGAAGCGGCUGCGCAGAAGCGGCUGCGCAGAAGCGGCUGCGCAGAAGCGGCUGCGCAGAAGCGGCUGCGCAGAAGCGGCUGCGCAGAAGCGGCUGCGCAGAAGCGGCUGCGCAGAAGCGGCUGCGCAGAAGCGGCUGCGCAGAAGCGGCUGCGCAGAAGCGGCUGCGCAGAAACGGCUGCGCAGGAACGGCUGCGCAGAAACGGCUGCGCAGAAACGGCUGCGCAGAAACGGCUGCGCAGAAACGGCUGCGCAGAAACGGCUGCGCAGAAACGGCUGCGCAGAAACGGCUGCGCAGAAACGACUGCGCAGAAACGGCUGCGCAGAAGCGGCUGCGCAGAAGCAGCUGCGCAGAAUCAGCUGCGCAGAAUCAGCUGCGCAGAAGCAGCUGCGCAGAAGCAGCUGCGCAGAAGCAGCUGCGCAGAAGCAGCUGCGCAGAAACGGCUGCGCAGAAACGGCUGCGCAGAAACGGCUGCGCAGAAACGGCUGCGCAGAAACGGCUGCGCAGAUACGGCUGCGCAGAAACGGCUGCGCAGAAACGGCUGCGCAGAAACGGCUGCGCAGAAGCGGCUGCGCAGAAGCGGCUGCGCAGAAGCGGCUGCGCAGAAGCGGCUGCGCAGAAACGGCUGCGCAGAUACGGCUGCGCAGAAACGGCUGCGCAGAAACGGCUGCGCAGAAACGGCUGCGCAGAAACGGCUGCGCAGUAACGGCUGCGCAGAAACGGCUGCGCAGAAACGGCUGCGCAGAAACGUAUGCGCAGAAACGGCUGCGCAGAAACGGCUGCGCAGAAACGGCUGCGCAGAAACGGCUGCGCAGAAACGGCUGCGCAGAAACGGCUGCGCAGAAGCGGCUGCGCAGAAGCGGCUGCGCAGAAACGGCUGCGCAGAAACGGCUGCGCAGAAGCGGCUGCGCAGAAGCGGCUGCGCAGAAGCGGCUGCGCAGAAGCGGCUGCGCAGAAGCGGCUGCGCAGAAGCGGCUGCGCAGAAGCGGCUGCGCAGAAGCGGCUGCGCAGAAGCGGCUGCGCAGAAACGGCUGCGCAGAAACGGCUGCGCAGUAACGGCUGCGCAGAAACGGCUGCGCAGAAACGGCUGCGCAGAAACGGCUGCGCAGAUACGGCUGCGCAGAAACGGCUGCGCAGAAGCGGCUGCGCAGAAGCGGCUGCGCAGAAGCGGCUGCGCAGAAGCGGCUGCGCACAAGCAGCUGCGCAGAAGCGGCUGCGCAGAAGCGGCUGCGCAGAAGCGACUGCGCAGAAGCGGCUGCGCAGAAGCGGCUGCGCAGAAGCGGCUGCGCAGAAGCGGCUGCGCAGAAGCGGCUGCGCAGAAGCGGCUGCGCAGAAGCGGCUGCGCAGAAGCGGCUGCGCAGAAGCGGCUGCGCAGAAGCGGCUGCGCAGAAACGGCUGCGCAGAAACGGCUGCGCAGGAACGGCUGCGCAGCAGCAGCUGCGCAGAAGCAGCUGCGCAGAAACAGCUGCGCAGAUGCAGCUGCGCAGAAACAGCUGCGCAGAAACAGCUGCGCAGAAACGGCUGCGCAGAAGCGGCUGCGCAGAAGCGGCUGCGCAGAAGCGGCUGCGCAGAAGCGGCUGCGCGGAAGCGGCUGCGCGGAAGCGGCUGCGCGGAAGCGGCUGCGCGGAAACGGCUGCGCAGAAGCGGCUGCGCAGAAGCGGCUGCGCAGAAGCGGCUGCGCAGAAGCGGCUGCGCAGAAGCGGCUGCGCAGAAACGGCUGCGCAGAAACGGCUGCGCAGAAACGGCUGCCCAGAAACGGCUGCGCAGAAACGUAUGCGCAGAAACGGCUGCGCAGAAACGGCUGCGCAGAAACGGCUGCGCAGAAACGGCUGCGCAGAAACGGCUGCGCAGAAACGGCUGCGCAGAAACGGCUGCGCAGAAACGGCUGCGCAGAAACGGCUGCGCAGAAACGGCUGCGCAGAAACGGCUGCGCAGAAACGGCUGCGCAGAAACGGCUGCGCAGAAACGGCUGCGCAGAAACGGCUGCGCAGAAACGGCUGCGCAGAAACGGCUGCGCAGAAACAGCUGCGCAGAAACAGCUGCGCAGAAACAGCUGCGCAGAAACAGCUGCGCAGAAACAGCUGCGCAGAAACAGCUGCGCAGAAGCAGCUGCGCAGAAGCAGCUGCGCAGAAACAGCUGCGCAGAAACAGCUGCGCAGAAACAGGGCGCAGAAACAGCUGCGCAGAAACAGCUGCGCAGAAACAGCUGCGCAGAUACAGCUGCGCAGAUACAGCUGCGCAGAUACAGCUGCGCAGAUACAGCUGCGCAGAAACAGCUGCGCAGAUACAGCUGCGCAGAAACAGCUGCGCAGAAACAGCUGCGCAGAAACAGCUGCGCAGAAACAGCUGCGCAGAAACAGCUGCGCAGGAACAGCUGCGCAGAAACAGCUGCGCAGAAACAGCUGCGCAGGAACAGCUGCGCAGGAACAGCUGCGCAGAAACAGCUGCGCAGAAACAGCUGCGCAGAAACAGCUGCGCAGGAACAGCUGCGCAGGAACAGCUGCGCAGGAACAGCUGCGCAGGAACAGCUGCGCAGAAACAGCUGCGCAAGAACAGCUGCGCAGGAACAGCUGCGCAGCAACAGCUGCGCAGAAACAGCUGCGCAGAAACAGCUGCGCAGAAACAGCUGCAGAAACAGCUGCGCAGAAACAGCGGCGCAGAAACAGCGGCGCAGAUACAGCGGCGCAGAAACACUCUAUAGCCUCCGGUUACAGGAGCGUACCUCCAUGUUCAAUGUUUUUUGGGCAGUUGAACAUGUAAAGCUGAAUCCCAAACGGCUGCGCAGGAACAGCUGCGCAGGAACAGCUGCGCAUAAGCGGCUGCGCAUAAGCGGCUGCGCAGAAGCGGCUGCGCAGAAGCGGCUGCGCAGAAGCGGCUGCGCAGAAGCGGCUGCGCAGAAGCGGCUGCGCAGAAGCGGCUGCGCAGAAGCGGCUGCGCAGAAGCGGCUGCGCAGAAGCGGCUGCGCAGAAGCGGCUGCGCAGAAGCGGCUGCGCAGUAGCGGCUGCGCAAAACCGCUGCGCAGAAACGGCUGCGCAGAAGCGGCUGCGCAGAAGCGGCUGCGCAGAAGCGGCUGCGCAGAAGCGGCUGCGCAGAAGCGGCUGCGCAGAAGCGGCUGCGCAGAAGCGGCUGCGCAGAAGCGGCUGCGCAGAAGCGGCUGCGCAGAAGCGGCUGCGCAGAAGCGGCUGCGCAGAAGCGGCUGCGCAGAACCGGCUGCGCAGAAACGGCUGCGCAGAAACGGCUGCGCAGAAACGGCUGCGCAGAUACGGCUGCGCAGGAACGGCUGCGCAGGAACGGCUGCGCAGGAACGGCUGCGCAGGAACGGCUGCGCAGGAACGGCUGCGCAGGAACGGCUGCGCAGGAACGGCUGCGCAGGAACGGCUUCGCAGGAACGGCUGCGCAGCAGCGGCUGCGCAGAAGCGGCUGCGCAGAAGCGGCUGCGCAGAAGCGGCUGCUUAGUAGCGGCUGCGCAGAAGCGGCUGCGCAGAAGCGGCUGCGCAGAAGCGGCUGCGCAGAAGCGGCUGCGCAGAAGCGGCUGCGCAGAAGCGGCUGCGCAGAAGCGGCUGCGCAGAAGCGGCUGCGCAGAAGCGGCUGCGCAGAAGCGGCUGCGCAGAAACGGCUGCGCAGAAACGGCUGCGCAGAAACGGCUGCGCAGGAACGGCUGCGCAGAAACGGCUGCGCAGAAACGGCUGCGCAGAAACGGCUGCGCAGAAACGGCUGCGCAGAAACGGCUGCGCAGAAACGACUGCGCAGAAACAGCUGCGCAGAAGCAGCUGCGCAGAAUCAGCUGCGCAGAAGCAGCUGCGCAGAAGCAGCUGCGCAGAAGCAGCUGCGCAGAAGCAGCUGCGCAGAAACAGCUGCGCAGAAACAGCUGCGCAGAUACAGCUGCGCAGAUACAGCUGCGCAGAUACGGCUGCGCAGAAACGGCUGCGCAGAAACGGCUGCGCAGAAACGGCUGCGCAGAAACGGCUGCGCAGAAACGGCUGCGCUGA